GUGUGUGUAACAGACUAAGACGAACAGACUAAGACGAGAUCCACUUGGCUAUCGCGUUCAGAGUUUCUGUGCGCUCUCGCUCGUGGAUUGAUGCCAGGACUACGAAAUCAUGCACUGCGUCCUCCAUCUCGAGAUACUCGACCCGAGCAGCACCCAUGCUCUUGACCAUCUUGUCGCGGAGAGUCCUGAUCGAAUCGACCAGGAUUUCAGAUCCUCCUGCAGAAAUGAAUGUGCGCGGGAAUCCAGAGAAACUGACGUCCGGGAUAUUCUUGGACGCAGGCGAGAAAUAAGCGUUGAAAUCCAGCGCACCGAGACCGAAAGGACCCGCGAAUGCUACGGUUUCGUAAUAUAUUCCGUUUUCUGGGAUUGCAAUGUAGUCCGACGGACGACAGGUGAAGAUAGAGGAGCCAGGAGAAGAGUGCGAGUUCCCCAUGUCACACCACGGGGAAAGCAGUACCAAAGCGCCGGGAACUGGCAGCUUUGGGUUGGGAUUCUCAGACAGAUAUCGCACGAGCGCCAGCGCGAGAUUGCCCCCGGCAGAGUCUCCUUCGACGAUGAUGUCGUCCGCAGAGAAUCCCAGAGUGUUCACGAGAUAGUGGUAUCCCGUAAGCGCGUCGAUGAGUGCAGCAGGGAAAGAGUGCGCCUUCGGGUAAGGGGUCGUCGUCGACAGCCGGUACUCGAUAGAGAAAGUGCGAAGCACAGGCUCAACGUGGUCGAGGAAUCCGCGGGGGAUGGCACUGGUUAUGUCUCCGGGAUGCGCUGAAAGACGCGUAUAUCCCCCACCGUGCAGCGCAUAGAGUAUCUUUUCGCCAGGCAUCAGCGGCGCCCCUAGCUCAAUUUUUGCAUCCUUGCGGUGGAUCCAAUAACCUGGUAGGCGAACAGCAGAGAUGUCGGCGGCAGCGGCCCAGCGUUUGAGAUUUCCCGGAAGUGAAGUAAUGUCCACAGGCUCGACCCACAGCCCGUGGUAUUCGGGUCCAAGUUUGAGUGCGAGGUGAUCAGGGACCUUCAUAAUGUAGCCGACACUAGUGACCUUGAGGGUGACAGCGGGGAAUCAGCGUCCACGCACUCACUACAAGCCCAACGAGGAGAGGUAGCGCAGCAGUUUGACUCGGAAAGCGCGUCGGAACGUCCACGACUGGCGUGGACGCGAAGAACUUGGAGCACGGUCAGUGCAGUUCGAUGCGACAAGAACAGUUCGCACGGGAUGGCAGACGAGAGAGCGUAGUAAGGAAUGCGAAGGACAGCGCUGCAUAGUUGCCACAGUAGAAACACUGCUUUGGCUGGCUGAUGUCUAUAUGGCGCGUAAUUCAGCGCAGGCGGAGCUGCGUCGUUACUGUAGUGACAUGGUUGAAAGGAAGUGCUAAUGCAACCGGUCUGUGGAGGACGUGCGCUGAUAUGCGAGUAAGCCCGGCAAUAUGCGGACGGGUGUGUAUUGUGGCAUGCCACAUUGGGUCUACACAGCCACGCCGAAUAUGGCCUCUCCCUCUGACAGUGACUUUCGGACUGAUUUCAGGACCACGGUCAAGCAGGAAGAGUGGUAUCUGAGACGGUUAUAUCCUACCCCCAGCGAUAUUCCAUCAUGUACUAACCAGCUGGACACGUACCUCGCGUGUAACACUCUCAAGAACUUGAUGAAGUCAAUGUACCGUUACGGACACUUCAGGGAAGACUGUUCUCUCAAAUUCGCGGAAUACAAGUUCUGUCUUAGUCUGAAGUGGAUGGCUACGGAGGAACAGCGUGACGCUUGGAUUCGACGAAAGGCUAUCUGGUGGGCCAAACGGCGAUUGGGAAAGAGCAGUGAGGAUGUCUGGGAGGUUAGGGAUGAGCCUUUGCAAAACUUUCCCAAACGUGUCGACCCGUUAGAAUACAUGCGCGACCGUCCUAUUGAAUAUAUGUAGAGACAAAAGAAUCGAGACCCUCUGUUCAGGCACCGGCCCCCUCACAAUUAUCUCUCGAGACUCGCGAUGCGUUCAAAUGAACCACCCGUCCCUCAGUGAGGUUGAACAAAGGUUGCGAAACGGGAUAGAGGAGCAAUGAGGACGUCAAUCAUGGGUACGACCACGUGCGAUCAGAGAUUCACGCGCCUUGCUUCUUGCUUCUCACAAUCGUCCCCUGCCAGUUCAUCGUUCUAUAGCCCGGCCCGUGGACUUAGGUCGGCCUGGAACUUCUGGCAUGGUUCGCAAGUGGUGGCGCACUACUUGAUGUCCAGGUGCACAUUGAUGUGCUGCAUAGGCUCGAAACGCAGCCCCUUGUAAUUGGAGUCUCUGGGUCUCUCUACCAGAGCUUCAAGUCAGAAACUAAAGCCCAUGAUGUAUUCGAAGACGAGCGAAGUAAAGGCAACGUCCGGAAAGUCGAAGCAGGAACGACUAGAGCUGUCAUCGCCACAACGGCCAGAAGGCCCGCGCAAAGUUUGAGACCUGCUGAAUCGCUUCCUCAAGAACUGAAAAACGGCGGUGUCUCUAGAGCACCUGCGAUCAUCCGUUCGGGACGGCACUCCAGUGGCUCGAGCGUAGAUUCGGCAAUCGACAUCUUAACCUCAGAUGAAGAGGAAAGCUCGAACAUAUGUUCGUCAUCGUCUGGCUCAACUAUGAUGUCCUCGCCGCCCACAGGUGUAACCCAGGUGAUCAAUUUGUCACCUAUGGCCACCAUCUCGGGUGUUCUGUCUCCGCUAUUUCUCGAGGACACACGAGAGAAACUCAUUCAUCUCGUUCAUCUCGUUCUUCGAGGUCAACCCAUCGACAGGCCGCUGCCACAAAUACGGCCGGUUUAGCGGCUGAUAAUGGCGGAGGGGUACUAACGAGCCCGGUUGUUUCGGCGACCAUUGAUCUGUCUAGCAGUUCAGCCGUUAGACACUCUUCGUCAUCUGGCUCGGCACAGGCUGUCAGUUCGAGUGCUUCAGUGCUGCCUCCUAUUACCGUCAAUGUGCAUUUAAGCACACCUGCGACCCAGUGCAGCACAUGCCACCAUGGAUUCAGCACAUAUCGACGAGACUUGCCGAUGACGGACACAUUCGUUGAACAACUGGAGGCAUUAGGGCUCUCUCAAGAUAGGCAGCUCCCCCUUCCCCGUCGGACCGAUCCUCGUUCGCCCAUACCCCGCAGCGGUAUGUCGGCAACGGGCUUCUAUGCGUGAGUCGCUCCUACAAGUGCAGUCCACACUUGUCUCACAUCAGCUAUGCGCAGUCCACUCUCCACAUCGUCGCCCC